CAAUCUCUUUCAUCUGGUUGGCAAGUGAAUGAGAGAGUUCGACAAUAAAUGACGUGACGUUGAACGAUGGUUGAACAUUCUAUAGGUAUGGUACUUAAUCCGUUGUUGAAAUUAAAAAAUACGAAUCGAAGUGUCAAAUUUUUGGAUGCCGAUGUCAAAUUGAAAAAUGAAUAAUUUGAGCAAAGUCAAAAUUUUAGUUCAUUAAUUAAAAUGUUCUGUGAAUGUGAUGAAAAUCAGUAUAACUCUCAUAAACGCGUACUUCCAGUAGCUCAAUGUAAAUGCUGUUGCGCAAAAGAAAAUAUUAAAGGAAAAUUCGGCGUAGCGUAUUUAGUUGACAGCCCAAAUACAAAAUGCAAUCCGUGCGGUUGGGAAGUUGAAUUUAAUGAUACUCCCUCACAAGUAGAGUAUAAUUGUAAAAGGAUGAUAGAGUGGAUUACGUGUCCACCUCUAGGAGGCUAUCAAAACAAUUCCACAAAACUGUACUGCUGCUCAGAUGAAACAGAAGAAUUUUUAAGUACUCCUACUCAAUGUUGUCCUUGUCAGUUAAAAAAAGAUCGUCGUCAAAGAAAAAAAGACUGCUGUCAAGCUUACUGCUGUUCUAAUCAACAGAAUAUGUGUUCAUGUAAAAGCGUUAAUAAACACAACCAGUGCUGUUUAGAUUUAAAUAAUAGAUGUUCCUGUUGCAAAUCCAAGGAAGGUAAAAAAAAGUGCUGUCAAUCGGUACAAAAAUCGAAAUUCUAUAAACGUAAAUAUCAGAAAAACCAAAACUGUUGCUGUUAUGAUGACCAAUCUGAAUCAUCUUCUGAAGAUCAUUGUUGUUAUUCAAAUAUUUCGGAACCAUGUUGCGAUUGCCCGCAUAAGUUAAAUGAUAAGACAAAAAAAAAGGUUCAGGAAAAAACAAAAACUGACACAGAUAAAAUAAAAAACAUUAAUAAUCAUCAAAUUCAUCAUGUUGUGUCAUUAAAAAACAGUUCAAAUAUAAAAAAAGAAACGAAUAAAACAUCAGAAAAAACACCCUACACAUUAUCAAACAAACAAGAGAGAAAAGAAGCUCAUAAAGAAUUGAUAAGGCACUCACACCAUCCACCUGAAAAAACAAUUAGUGCUAAUAAACAACAUAAUGAAAGCUAUAUGCAAACAGAAUUAAAUGAGAGCGAGAUUAAUAAUGUUGAAUACAAAAAUCAAGAAAGCUCUCUAGGUAAUGACAAUAACUAGAAAUGGAGAAAUAUAAAAUAUACUUUUCCAGAAGAAAUCAACAAAAAGCCCACAUUAUUACAAAGAAUUAAAAAAAAGCAUAAACAAGAAAUCAAACUUUUUGAAAAACCAUUGAUCUUAGAUGGACCCAAAGAGCCUAAGACAAUUGUAAACAAGCCUCUUGUUAGCAUAAAAAAAUUAAAACGGAAAGAUCUACUGAAGAAGAUUAAACUGAAUCGCAGAAAACAAAUUGAAGUAGCUGGUUUUUAAUGAAAUAAUGUUCACACAUGCAAUGUGUUUUAAUUAAUUAAAAUAAAUUACCUUUAUGUA